CAGCUGUUUCGUUUGACAUAUGAUACACCUUUCAUUUUUGGUAGCCUAGAAAUGUCUAUGCGGUAAAUAAUUGUGCACAAAUUUACGCAAUAUUAGUGGUAGAGUGGGGUUGUGUUUUUAAUAAUUAUCAUUUUAAACAAAUGGCCACAGCAACUAAAUUAGGCAAAGGCCUGCAAAGACUUUUCGUGGGAAAUUUACCGUGGACGGUUGGUAAUCAAGAACUGCGUACAUAUUUCAAGGAAUUCGGACGUGUAAUAUCAGCAAACGUGAUUUUCGAUAGGAAAACAGGCUGUUCACGUGGAUACGGUUUCGUUGUGUUCAAUGAUAUAACUCCAAUAGAAAAAAUUGAAAGCGAACAAAAACACGUGCUUGAGGGCAAUUAUUUAAACAUUCAAAAAUCUUAAAACAUAAUCCUAAAUAUAAAGCAUUAUACAUAAAUGUUUAUGUAGUAUACGGAUCCCGAAGUCUUAAAGAAACAAACACAGCAUAAAAAACUAGUUUUUCAUAAUGUCAACAUCCGAUUUUUCUGACAGUGACAUUGACACCGAACCUAUCGACGAAAUAUUUUCGGAAGCAGCAGAACAUUUACAAAAAAUCCACAACUCACUCGACUCCACAGAUCUUUUAGAAAUCUAUGGUUUUUACAAGCAAGCAACUUGUGGCCGAUGUAAUACGCCAAAGCCGAGCGUAUUUAAUAUGCAAAGUAGAAGCAAAUGGUGCGCAUGGAAUGAUUUGGGCGAUAUGUCUUGCACAGAAGCAAAACAUUUAUAUAUUGCAAAAGUUAAAAAGGUUGACAGUAAUUGGUUACCAAAUCACGAAAUCGCCAGCAAACGCAAAACUCCAUCUGGUUGGGUAGUACAUUCCAUUCCACAAAAACAUGAAGAAAUCGAUCAAAAAGAGGAACACGAAAAAAAUGCCUUUGAUUUCAUCAAAGAAGGAAAUUUCAUUCAACUGCAAAAAUCAUUAACGGCAGAAAUUAUGGAGCACCUUGACGAAAAUGGUAUGGGUCUUAUACAUUGGGCAACUGAUCGUAAUUCUGUCGAAAUACUACAAUAUCUUAUAGAUAAUGGCGUCGAUGUCAACCAACGCGACUCAGAGCAACAGACAGCUUUGCAUUAUGCUGCUAGUUGCGGUCAUGUCGACUGCAUCCGUAUAUUACUAGAUGCUAAUGCGGAUCCAGCUAUUAAAGACGCUGAUGGACAAUCGAGUCUCGAUGUGGCCGAUAAUAACGAUAUUUAUGAAUUGCUUAAAACCUGAUGGAGACCCAUAUAAAUAUACAUACUUACAGAUUAUUUCUUACCUGUAACUUUCGUUAAUACCGGUUCAAACUAUUUAUAUUAAAAUUAUAAUAAGGUUCUUUCGGUAUGAUCUGUUUAAAUUAAUUUUCUCUAUUCAUCAAUAAAUAACAUUUCGAUUUGAAAUUGACGUAAAACUGAACGAAAUAAAAGAUAUUUUUAUAUUAUGUGACUCCAUGGUGUUUCGCAUGUAUCUAAAAAUCAUGAUUCAAUUAACCAUGUGUAAAGAAUAAAAA